AUGGACGGAUAUGAGGAAUGUGACUGGGAUACUCUACGAGCCUCAAUGAUUGAAUUAUGGGGUGACAAAUAUGAAAUUUGGUUACCCCCUCUUUGGGAACACCUUACGGAGGCAGCUGGGAUGGAAACCAAAUUAGAAGAAUUAGCCAAGGAAAUUGAAACUAGCGACGGAUUACACGGAGCCAGCAAAAGAUUAUACGGAACUAGCAACGGAUUAUACGGAACGAGUGAAGGAUCAUACAGAGCCAGCAACGGAUUAUACGGAACUAGCGAUGGAUCAUACGGAACUAGCGACGGAUUACACGGAGCCAGCAACAUAUUACACAAAACUAGCAACAGAUCAUACAGAGCCAGCGAUGGAUUAUACGGAAAUAGCAAAGGAUUAUACGGAAAUAGAAAAGGAUUAUACAGAGCCAGAAACAAAUCAUACGGAAGCCACCAUUGCUGA